AUGGGUUACGAAAUUUUAUCAAGAAAAGCUAUAUAUAAUUGGAAAGGAGACACAAAAUUUGGUCUUUCCCUGGAAAUCGGCGAUACUGUGCAAAUUUUAGAAGAAUGUCAAGGCUGGUACCGAGGAUUUUCUUCCAAAAAUCGAGCGCACAAAGGCAUCUUUCCACAAUCUUACAUAUACCUCAAACCAUGUAAGGUGGAUAACGAAGGACUUUUCGAAAGUGUAGUUCCGUUAGAGGAUCCUAUCGUCAGAGAAGUUACGCUUGUUCUACGAGAAUGGGGAAGGAUCUGGAAAGGAAUAUUUGUGGACCGAAAUCAUUACAAAUUCGAAACUGUGGGAAAGGUCAUGCGGGAUCUUCUGGAAUGGAGAAGGCAACUCGUCCUUGGUACUUUGACACACGAUCAAACAACAGAUCUGAAACUCAAAAUUAUCCAGAAAAUAGAUUGGGGAAAUCGAACAUAUUUAUGCAAAGCUCUCAAUUUUGCACAAAGGACGGAAACUUUCUGA